AUGAGAGUGAACGCGCUGGCCUGCCUCGCGACCUUGGCGCUCCUCGCCGGGACCGCCCAGGGAAGCCUCCUCGCCGCGUUGAAGAGGGACCAGGUGCGCGCCGUGCCGGACGGCCUCGUCUCGAAGGUCGUCGGUGCCGGUGGAUUCCGGGGCCUGGCCGUGCGCUCUACGGCCGACUGUCUAUUCCUGAGGCCGGAUUCGAACGUCAGCGUCUCGCUCGUGGUGCCGAACGACUACAUAGAGCAGUUCUCGGAGCUGUCGUCCCCUGCCUUGCACGAGUGGGUCGAGAAGGAGGUGACCAGGCCCCUGGCUCGAGGGUUCCGAGUCGAUGCGGUCCAGUUGGGCGAGGCGCCGCUGUCGGAGGAGUACGGGGCGCGCUUUUACGACUCCAUGCCGGCCGCCCUCAGUAACUUGGCGAGCCUGGUGAACCCGCUCGGGGUCGGCGUGACCGUAUCGGUCAGCUUGGCGGACCUCUCGGUGUCUUAUCCGCCGUCUGCCGGAGCCUUCUCCCCGAGCGUCGCACGGGUGCUCGCCGAGGCGCUGCCCUCCGCGGGAGCCCUCUCCUUGGAAGCGUACCCGUUCCUCCUCGCCCUGGAUACGGACGACCCCGCCACCUUUUCCUUUCUGGCGUUGGAACCGGAUGCGCAGGGGUUCUGGGACGAUGGGGGGGGUUUGUGGUACGCCGAUGUCCUCUCUUCCCUCCACGACGCGGCCGUCUAUGCUCUGGAAGCGCUCGGAUUCGGCGACGAGACCGUGAUCCUCACCACGGGCUGGCCGACCGACGGCGUCGAGCGAGCCACUCCCGAACUGGCGGGAACCUUUCUGGCGGGAGUGGCGCGCUGGGUCGGAGCCGAAGCCGGGACGCCCAAGCGACCCGGGGCGGAUAACUCAGCGGUCUUUCGCCAGCUCGUAGACUCCGACGCCGCUGCUCUCACGGAGGACGCGCCGUGGGCGAGACGGUGGGGCAUCUACGACUCGAGGGCCCGCUCGAAAGUGAACGCCAGUAUGGUAGGCACGUACGACCUGGUGCGCGACGUCGAUUACGAAGCUACCGCUCGUAAGUUCUGCGUCGCGCGGAGCGAUUCCACGGACGCCGCUCUGAUCGCCGCCCUGUCGUUCGCUUGCAACGCCACGGACUGCACGUCGGUACAGCAGCACGCUUCCUGCUACUCGCCGCCCAACCUCAGGAGACACGCUUCCCUCGCCUUCAAUGGCUACUUUCAGGACGGAGAGCAGGACGCGUCCAAAUGUUUCUUCGGAGGCGUCGCCAGGACGGUCGACGACGACCCCGACCAGUCGAACCCCAAGUGCGGCCUCGAGACCGGCAUACGGCUGAUCGAGACCUCCGGUUCUGCGAGCCUGGUCGCCGACCUCGUCGGGCUGGCCAUUUUGAUAGGCAUCCUCUCUAAUCUCUUGCCGGCGAGGAAUUUGUUGAGGGCGGCGUGCCUCGCGAGUUUUCCCAGCAGAGCACCCUCGCCCGUCCGACCGUUGCGCACGUACUCCGACGCGUCAGCCUGCGCUAGCGGUAUGCUCGCCCAAGAGAGCCCGAGAGUCUGCAUGGCGUCGUUGAGGUGGUCCAUCCUGUCGUUGGUAUUCGCGGCGAUCCGGACGGAAGCCGGCAUCGCGCCCAUAUCAGCCGAGUGGGACAGCCGAGCGAGGAGCGGGAUCGUGCGUGGAGACUCGCUACCCUGUGUAGCCUUCCGGAAAAUGACGGGUAGGAUCUAUUCAAGCGGAACGGUUGUGUGA